CUGUCAACUCAACUCAUCCGUAAGUUUCGCCAUGUGCUGUUAUUAGUAAAUAAUUGUGGUCUCCAGAUAUUAUUACUGAUAUACCGACAAAAAUGCAGCAAGCGCAUCGUUCGGGUACUCUGAAGCAGAGCAACAAGGUUCAUAAAUCUCGCCAUCGGUCUAAGCGUGGUAUCGCCGCUGCCGUUAAAGGCAAAGUAAACGCAAAGGAAUUUGUUCGCCGUAACCGUCAUAUCCUUAAAAAGGAGGAGCGUCGUCACCAAGCUCUUCAGCUUCGUAGAAACAAGCGCGAAGAGGUGUUAUCUAAAAAGCGCGCUUUAGGGGGCACUAGGAACCCGCCAUUUUUGGUGUGUGUGGUUCCUUUGAAUGCUCAACUUGAUGUUCAGUCCGCGCUUGCGAUAUUGAGGACAUGUUCUGAAGGAGCUGUGGUGUCACAGUCUGAAAAUGGCAUCCUGCAUAUUGGCUUGCCCAACUUCAAGCAACGCUUCUCUUUUAUCUGUCCAGAAACUGACAAUGAAUUGGCUCUUCUUGAUACUCUCAAAGUAGCAGACACUGUUUUAUAUAUCAGCUCAGCUCUGGAUGAACCCGUUGAUGAAUGGGGUGAAAAAGUUCUAGCCCUAUCCAUGGCACAAGGAAUGCCGACCCCUGUGGUAGUAGCCAUGGAUAUUGAAGGAGUAAACCCUAAAAAACGGACCACAGAAAAGCAGAAUGUGCAAAAGCUGAUAUCCAAAUGGCUCCCAGAAGAAAAAAUUAUGCAGUUGGAUAAGAGUUCAGAUGGUUUGAAUGUGUUGCGUAGGAUUGGUAACCAGAAACGUAAUAUAUUACAUCACAGGGAGAAAAGACCAUAUAUGCUUGCUGAGUCUUUUGAGUAUGUUCCUGACGCAGAAGGUGAAAGUGGUACAUUGAGAGUCAGCGGGUAUCUGAAAGGAAUGCCGUUGGAUGUGAAUGGUUUGGUUCAUGUAACUGGGUUGGGAGACUUUCAAAUGUCAAGAAUAGAUGGACAUGAUGAUCCUCACCCACUAAUUAUGGGCAAAGAAAAUACUAAACCUGACUCAAUGGAUGCGGAGGUGGUGAAGGUAUCUGUGUUGCAAGUGGCUGAUCCAGCUAAACAGGAAAGCCUGGACUCGGAGAAUGUACCCGAUCCAAUGGAUGCUGAGCAGACCUGGCCUACAGAGGAGGAGAUAGCACAAGCUAAUGCAGAAACAAAGACAAAGAAGGUGAAAAAAGUUCCCAAGGGAUGGUCGAGCUACCAGGCGGCUUGGAUCGUGGAGUCAGAUGCCGAGGGUGAGGGCUCUGGCGAUGACAGCGGGAGCGAGGAAGAAGAUGAGGACGAAGAGUUCAUGUCGUGCGAAGAGUCCAGCUCAGAGAAGGAAGAGGACGCAGAUAACGAUUUUGAAUCUGUUACUGAGUCUGAGAUGGGACCUACUGACGACAGAUACGACGCAACAAUAGACGCCGCGGAAGAACACGAGCUGCUCCAACGACUGGCGGCCGCCCGACAGGACGCGCAGUUCCCUGAUGAAGUCGACACGCCCCAGCACAUCCCGGCAAGGGAGCGCUUCCUGCGCUACCGCGGCCUUGAGUCCUUCAGGUCAUCUCAGUGGGACCCUAAAGAGAACCUGCCGGCGGACUACGCGCGCAUCUUCCAGUUCGAGAACUACGACCGCACGCGCCGCCGCGUCUACAAGGAGAAGGAGGACAGCCUCCUCAAUACGUACGGAAUCUACGCAACCAUCCACAUAUCCAACGUCCGCCAAGACCUGUGGAACUCCUUCCACUCGGCCAACAAAAACGCCCCCCUCUCCGUGUUCGGUCUCCUCCCCCACGAGCACAAGGUGUCGCUCAUGAACGUGGUGCUGAAGCGGACGGGCGCCAGCGACGACCCCAUCAAGAGCAAGGAGCGGCUGAUCUUCCAAGUGGGCUACAGGAGAUUCAUCGUCAACCCGAUAUUUAGUCAGCACACUAAUGGCGGUAAACAUAAGUAUGAAAGAUUCUUCCAACCGGGUUCAACUUGCGUGGCCACAUUCUACGCACCUAUACAGUUCAGCCCAUCUUCAGUGCUUUGUUUUAAGGAAAAAAGGAAUACGAAGCUGCAAUUAGUGGCUUCGGGAGUGCUGCAGUCUUGCAACCCUGAUAGACUGAUUGUCAAGAGAAUUGUACUCUCCGGUCAUCCAUACAAGGUGAACAAAAGAUCCGCGGUGAUCAGAUUCAUGUUCUUCAAUAGAGAGGACGUAACAUACUUCAAGCCGUGCAAGCUGCGGACGAAGUACGGGCGCACUGGACACAUCAAGGAACCUCUAGGUACUCACGGGCACAUGAAAUGCGUAUUCGACGGUCAGCUCAAGUCUCAAGACACAGUGCUGCUUCACCUCUACAAGCGAAUGUUCCCGAAAUGGAACUACGAGGAUUGCAUCGUCACGGAUAAGGAUACAGCGACCGAUGCCAUGGAGGGAUAGAUAUAUGUAGACGAAUAAAUGUACAGUUAUGUUCA